AUGAAGGGCAAGGGCCGUCGCAAGCAUGCGAUCACUGCUUCCUUUUUCUUCAACGCUCGGGGUGGUGGCUUGGAAAAGUCGAUCUCGGGGAUGUAUCGAUCAUUACUGCUUCAACUACUUGAAGGGUACCCUGACCUUCAGGUUGUUUUAGACGAUUCCGACCUGGUCCCCCAAGGUCAAACUGAUUGCCCUUCCUUGAAUGUUCUGAAAGUCCUAUUUGCCAAUGCAGUUUGCGCCCUCGGUCAACGCUCGUUUACCUGCUUUGUCGAUGCUCUCGACGAGUGUGAUGAUCAACAAGUUGUGGACAUGGUCCAGUACUUUGAAGAGCUAGCCGAAAGAUCUACGGCAAAAGGGGUCCCAUUUCGAGCCUGUUUUUCAAGUCGACACUAUCCCUACAUCGUAAUUCAUUGGGGCCUCCGACUUACACUGGAGGAUCAACCAGGCCAUGCGGAAGACUUGGCAACGUACGUCACAAGUCGCCUCCGAAUCAAAGAACCCAAGCUUGUCGAAGAGCUGCAACCACAACUCAUCAGUAAAGCUGCUGGUGUUUUCAUGUGGGUCGUCUUGGUGGUUGAUAUUCUAAACAAAGAGUACCGACAUGGUGGAAUGGCUCUUAGAAUAAGACUCGCGGAAAUACCCAGUGAUCUUAGCAAGCUAUUCAAAGAUAUCUUGAGACGUGACAAUGAAAAUACAGAAGCCCUCCUGCUCUGUGUUCUCUGGAUUCUGUACGCAAAGGACCCUUUACGACCGCAAGAGUUCUAUCAUGCCCUCUGGUCUGGUUUGUGUCUGAAGAAUUUGGUCGAUAGUCGAAUUCCGGAUGUCACCGUCCUAGGUACUGGUGCUGGCGAUGACACGGCUAGCAGAUAUGUCAUCAGCUCCUCAAAAGGACUUGCCGAGAUCACAAGAUCAAGCCAGCCUAGAGUUCAAUUUAUCCAUGAAUCUGUCCGAGACUUCCUUAUCAAGGACAAGGGCCCGUAUGAGUUGUGGCCUGAGCUUGGAUUUGACUACGAGAGCGUAGGCCACGAGAAACUCAAACAAUGCUGCAGCCUCUAUGCAAAUCAUAUCUUGAUCUGUACAUCUGUUAGCAAGCUACUUUCAGAGUCUACCUCUAACGACCGGAAGGAAGUACCAAACGAUUAUCCCUUCUUGAAGUAUGCCAGUGAUAACACCCUCCACCAUGCCAACGCAGCGGCAAAAGCUGUUCCUCAAGAGGCAUUUCUGACCUCUUUUCCCAUCUCUAACUGGAUCAAUACCAACAAUUUUUUCGAAAAGUUCAACAAUCGGAAGUAUACCAUGAGUGCGAGUCUAUUUUAUAUUCUAGCAGAUAAGGGAUGCCCGGAGCUAAUCCGGGCAAGACUCAACGCGGAUUCUGAAAUUCAUGUUUUGGGGGAGAGAUAUAAGUACCCACUGUUUGCCGCGUUGGCUAAUGGGCACAGAGACGCUGUCGCUGCUCGUGGGGCGGCUGUUCCUUUUGACGGCGCUAGUAUUUCUCAAACCUGA